AUGGCUUCUUUGAGAGACACGGUAAGGAGCAAUGAGAGCAAAGUAAGCUCUCAUAAAGAUCCUGUUGCUCGUUCCCAGGCUGCCUUGGAUCGAACCAAGAAGGUGGUGUUGCGCCAGUGCUUCUCGUCUUCUUCGUCGCCUUCUCCUAAGCGUAGAUGGAGCGCCUCGGAGUCCUCUCACCCUCUCAAGAGAACCUGGAAGGAACCUUGCGCCCUUCCUUCCAACCCCGAAUCCUUCUCGGAAGAGCCGGAGAUCGAGCGUAAGAGAACCAGGAGAUCUCAAGAAUCCUCUUCUCCUUUCCACGCUCGGGCCUCUCCUCCAGUCGAAGAGUUUGAGAGAUCGCCUGCGCGCAUCUUGGCGGGUCUGCAGGCGCAGAUUUCAGCUUUGGCCGACUCCUUAGCAGGGAGUUCUCGCCGUCGGAAGGACGUCUCGCUCCCGAACCUCAGAGAUCACUCUCCGAGCAGGCGCUCCUCUCCCCCCAGCAUGCGUCUUGAACAUGACAGGCGCAAGGAGCUUGACAGGCGUUCUUCUCCGGAGUACCGCUCUUCUAGAUUUAAACAUGAAGAAUUGGAGGAUCGAUUCGCUUCUAGUAGGCGCUAUUCACCGAAGAUCCGCGCUACUUCUAGCAAGCGUCAAGAGCUUGACAGGCGCCAGGAACCUCGUAUUUUACAGGAUCGUAGUAGGCGCACUUCGCCUGGAAGCCGCUCUGUCAGACACAGAGAAGAUAGUAGGCGCCAAGAGCCUAGCAGGCGCCAGUUAAGACAAUCUCCGUCUUGUGAUCGCUCUCGACUGGACAGGCGCACAGAGCCUUGCAGGCGCUUCGCGUCUGAUAGACGCUCUUCUUCGGAAGGCUUUUCUCCUCGUGACAGGCGCCAAGAGCCUGGCAGGCGCAUAGAGACUGACAGGCGCCAAGAGCCUAGCAGGCGCAAGGAGCCUGAUAGGCGCUCUUCUCCUACCAGGCGCUCUUCAGUUGACUCGGACUUGGAUAUGGACAGGCAUGCCUCCUCUAGUAGGUGCUCCCUUAGUAGGCGCUCUCCUAGUAGGCGCUCUCCCAGGAAAAGCUCCCCUCCAGGCAGCCGAUCUUCCAAACGUCAUUCUUCGGAAGAGGGACAUGGUGCUUCCGAGGAAGGUUUGCCAAGGGAUUCUUCGGUUUCCUCUUACAAGAGACUUACCGACCUCCUCUUGCAAGAAUUUGGGGAUUCCCUUUCGGCUGUUGCUCCUCCGUCUCCUCCUUCCUUAUUUUCUACGGCUAAGACUACGAAGAUGUCGUCGGUUGUGAAGAUGAAACCUACUGUUUCGAUGAAGAAGGCGCUAAGAGCUUUGAUGAUUGGCGGUGGUCUAAGGAGGAGAAGGGGAAGACCGUCUUUUCUUUCCCACCUUCCAAGCUUACGGGAAAGAUGGGAAUCUGGUAUGAGUCAGGGGAGCCUUUGGGUCUGA